AUGUCGGAUGGGAUAACCGCACUUUUGCUUAUACUUUCGGUUUAUGUAUGUGAUCCACGCACAGCCAUGCGUGUACGGAUGUUAUGGACGAUAGCAGUCUUUCACUUCAUAUCCGUCCUAUCUUCGGACAAAAUACAAUCAAGCAUUCGAUGUACUGGCAACGCCACUUUCCCAAGCGAAGAAAAUGUUGUGUACAACUACUGCACCUACUACUACAAAUUUCUCACGGAUGAUUGUACAGGAAAGAAUGGUUCUUUUCAAGGAUACGGAUAUUUCACGAACGGAUCGUAUGGUCGCACCUGUGGUCCAUUGGCAAGAGGACAAAAUAUCUAUUAUAUUAUUUGUGUAUGCGACACCGACUACUGCAAUAGUUUGGAAGGCGUCCAGUCUAUUAUGGCAAAAAAUGCAAGAAUGACUCAAUUUGAUGUUUUUGCAUUAGAUUCCUAUCCAGAAUCUGAUUCAAGUAUUCGUAUGUAUAACUGUGCGAAAGAAGACAUAAAUGCAAAGUACCAAGUUAUCCAUGAGGCAGAAGAGGCUAAGAAAUUCAUGUUUUUCAUAAUUCUUGCUUCUGUCUUAGGAGGAGUUGGCAUAAUAGUCCUCCUUGCAAUUCUUAUUCCAAUUUUCAUAAAAAUCCGGAGAUAUCGUCAUAAGAAAUGGUUAGCAGAAACAUGGGAGGAACGUGUGAGAAAAGCUGCUACGGAACUAAAUAAACAAGAAGGAAAAGAACCAAAUAAAGUGAGUACAGGAAGAACACGUGCGGAACGCAAAGCUAAAAAAAUGGCAGAAUCGAAGGAAUCGAAGGAGAAAGGAUCUAAGGAACAGGGUUCUAAGGAAUCCGUUGAAAGAGGAUCAAAAGACAUGGGUUCUAAUGAAAACUUUCAAAACGAAAUAUUUCCGUCUGCGUUUGGUCCGAAUGAGCGGAGGAUGUCGGUUGACGGAAUUGGAUCAAGGGAGAACAUUGAAGGCGGAAAAAGAUGGUGA